AUGAAACCUGUGAUUAUGUUCAGUGAAAAAUGUAUAUUGUUGGUGAUAAUUUAUCUGGUGAAAGGAUUUUCCAGUGCAACAAUAAAUCCACCCACCAAAUCUGCUACAUCCUGCAAUGGAGAUAUAAGUAGAUGCCUCCAAGAAUCCAUGCAGCGGGCUUUACCUACAUUUGCCGAAGGAAACCGUGAGAUAGAAGUGGAAAGACUCGAUCCACUGACUGUGCAACGAUUGGACCUAAAUUUUCCAGGGGGUCUAAAUAUUCAAUUUAGACAAGGCUAUGCGAAAGGUCUGCGGAAUUGUAUAGUUGACAAAGCAAGGCUAGUCGAAAAUGUUCUGGACACUGAAAUUGUUUGCAAUGUUUCUAUCAAUGGAAAAUAUAAGUCCACUGGUCGUCUUCUCAUGUUUCCAAUCAAUGGUGAUGGUGAUGCGUCAAUCAAAUGCAGAAAUGUAAGAAUUUCGAUUACAGUGACCCUAAAAUCUGUAGAAAAAGAACAUGGCAGUAAAUAUUUGGAGAUAGUUGAUAUUAAGACAAAACACAAAUUCGUCGGACGGAUCACAUAUAAAUUGACGAAUAUCUUCAAGGGCAGCCCUGAGACAAGCAAGUUGGUGAUGGAAUUUAUUAAUCAAAACUGGCGUUUGGUAGCAGAAGAGUUUGGCGACCCCAUUGUAGAGUUUGGUGUGACCAGGAUAAUGAGCAAUGUCAAACAGGCCCUUAAAAUGAUACCCGUAGAAAAAAUGUUAAGCUUUCCCUUAGAAUUUUAA